GGAAUUGGGUUUGUUGAAAUCAAGACUAAAGAUUUUAUAUUACUAGAAUGAAGUUCACUGCAGAAAAAAAAAUACAGUAUUUAAAAUUUAAAACAGUAUGAAACAUUUACAGCAAAGCCGUUUCAGAUUCAUAUAGACUGCAGCAUUAAACAUUUACAUUCAUAGUUUAAAACACAGACAGAAAGAAAGGCAGUAAGGUUUGAAAAAUUAUUAAAACCUAUGAAAAAUAAAAUAUUGAAAUCAGCAGCAUUAACCAAAAAAAGAGGAAUGUAAGAUAUGAAAAGCAGGUGAAUGACAGAGAAAGAAGAAAAAGUCUAAAAGAAAGGUUGAAAGAAGGCUGUGAAGGGAGAGAAAUGAGCAGUAGGUACGAAGGUAACCGAAGGUCAUAGAGCCUGCCUGUUCAAAUCAAUGUGAUGAAAAAAUGUUGCAGUUCCUGUUUGCAUAAGUGAGGUGUCCAGUCAUGCCAUCCACUUCACCUCUCCUGCUUCUUGAAACGAGCAGCCUGUACAGGAAAUCCCCACAGCUGAACACACCUUCAGCACAACUGCUUCCUCAUGAAAAUCACUCCACAGAAAAUGUUCGUUUUUGCUCAUAAUCAUCACAGACAGCCUUCAAAUCACAAAAAAGAACCACACAUUCACUGUAAACUCCAAAAGGAAAAACAAUGGCCGACAUGUAAUCAUUCCCCACUGGCGUGAACGGACUCUGGUUGUUGUUGUCUGGAUAAAGUAGGAAUGUGGAGUGUUUUGGGAGGGUUUGAGGAAGUUGCUUUGGAAACUCUUAAACCAGUCGGGUAGGUUAGACGAUCAAACACAGCAACUCUAAAGAACAUUAAAGUGAAACUAGACGAGCAUUUCACUCUGAAAUCCAUAACGUGGACAUGUUUCACCUCCAACAGCCAUAUGACUAUAUGAAAACAGCACGAGGAUAAAGUGGUCUUGGGGGAUUGCGGGGGCAACAGUGGAAUGAAGUAGAAGAAAAAUGUGAAGAAUUAAAAUUCAAGUGGAGGAGAUAAAGAGAUAAAAUGGCGGCUGAAAGAAACAAUGAGUUUAAACUCAUUGGACCUGAUGGUUUAGCGCGUCACUCUGGCUCUGUGGUCACUCUCUCCUGUCACCUGUCUCCUGAAAUCAGUGUUGUUGCCAUGGUGAUCAGGUGGUUUAAGGGGACGGACUGUGUUUGUCUCUAUAAGAACAGGCAGGUGACAGAGGGGAGGGGCUACGAGGGCAGAGUGAGUCUGUUCACUCAGGAGCUGCAAAGAGGAAAUGUCUCCUUACAGAUCAGAGACUGUGGAGGGUCAGAUGGAGGAUAUUAUCUGUGUCAGGUCACCAAUGGAGACACAACAGAGGAGUGUACAGUAGGAGUGCUGGGACCCUGGUUUUUCCUCGUCCAACAGAGGGACAGAGAAUGGACAGAAGAGGAGAGAAAGAAAAUGAAGGAAUCUGUUCUGCCGAUCGAGUCCUCAGAAGAGCCCAAACGUUAUGAACAUAAAGAGAGUAUUUUAAUGGAGAGAAACGCACAGCUGAUGGAAAAAGACAAACAAAUUCAAGAGAAAGAAAAACUUCUGACCAAAAACACAGAGACACUUCAGAUGAAGGACAAGAUGCUGGAAGAGAAAGAAACACUCCUCACAGAGACAAAAGAAAAAUUGGACCAAAUGACCAAAGAGACUCAGACACAGCUUAAAGAUAAAGACUCACAGCUGGAGACUCUGAGAAAAGAACUGCAGGACAAGAGCAGCAAACUACAGGAGAUGAUGGUCCUACUGGACCAACAGAGAACUGAACUCAGCCGUCAACAGAAAGAGUUAGAAGAGAAAGAUCAACAACUUAAACACACAGCACAACAGAAUUCAGACCUACAGACUGAAACUGAAACACUGAAAAAGCUCAUUUUAUCACAGACGACUGAUUUAACUGAAAAGACCAAACAGCUUAAAGAAACAAAACACAUUCUCUCUGAGAGAGACAGACAGCUAAUGGAGAGAGAAGAACAAGUGGAGGAGAAAGACAGACUUCUGACAGAAAACACAACAACACUUCAGAUGAAGGAGAAGAUUUUAGAAGAGAAAGACAAACUUCUCACAGAGACACAAGAUGAACUGAGACAAACAACAAAGACCUUAGAGAGUCGUAGAAAACAAAUGGAGGAAAUGGAGAAAAGACUUGUGGAGAAAGAUGAAGAAUUAAAAGAAGAACUGAAAGAUAAAGACAGGAUUCUAAAAGAACAUUUAGAGACAAUUGAUAAGAGAGAUUCAUUAUUAAAGGAAACUAAUGAAAGAUUAGAAAGUGUUAAUAAACAGCUUAAAGAUAAAGACUCACAGCUGGAGAAUCAGAUCAAACUGCUGAGAGAGAAAGAGACUCUACUGGAGGUCACAGUGAAAGAGGUGGAGGAGAAGGAGAGACUUCUAAGAGAGAGAGACACACAGCUAAUGGAAAGAGAGCAGCAGGUUGAGGAGAAAGACAGACUUCUAGAGGAGAGAAACAAGCAGCUGCAGGAGAGAACAGAUCCAGACUCAGCAGCUCCAGCCAGGAGGAGAAACAGCAAAGAGGAGAUUCCUCCAGACUUGAGUGAAGAGAUUCCAGAGUCUGCAGCACCACUCAGGAGAAGAGACAGUCUGCAGGACUUUCCUCCACUUAUGAGUGGAGAGUCCUCUAGUUCAGCCUCUCCAGAGUCAGUUCCUGUAGCAGAGCUCAGGCUGGUGCUGCUGGGGAGGACUGGAUGUGGGAAGAGAGCAGCAGGAAACACCAUCCUGGGCAGAGAGGAGAGGAGCCAGGCUGGAGCGUCUACAGUGAGGCAGCAGAGUGAGAGCAGACAGGGGGAGGUGGCUGGGAGGCAGGUGACUGUGGUGGACACUCCUGACUGGUUCUGUCCUGGACUCUCUCUGGAGGAGCUGAGACGGGACGUGGGACUCUGUGUCCGUCUGUCCGCCCCAGGACCCCACGCCUUCCUCCUAGUCGUACCAGUGAAGCGGUCUACAGGAGAGGAGGGAGGCAUGCUGGAGAAAAUGGAGGAGAUCUUUGGAGAGAGAUGUUGGAGGAACACCAUGAUCCUUUUCACUGUUACUGAUGAAGCCCAAGAGAAGAACAUUGAAGAGUUUAUCCAGUCAGGAAACCAGGAGGUCCAGAGACUCGUAGAGAAAUGUGGGAACAGGUUUCACUGUCUCAGCAUUAAGGAGAGCGGAGAUGGUUCUCAAACCUCAGAGCUGCUGGAGAAGAUAGAGAAGAUGGUGGAAGGAAACAGAGAGAAACUCUACAGCAGUGAGAUCUACCUGGAGACACAAUCUCAGAUCAGAGCCAUGGAGAGAAAGAUAAUGAAAGAAAGAGAAGAAAAGAAGCUAAAAGAAGAAAAAGAAAUGAAGGAAAAACUAGAAAAGGAGGUGCAGAACUCUCUGAGGAAGGUAGAGGGAGCAGUACAAGAGCACGAAGGAGAGAUAAAACAACUGAAUGACCGAACAACUGAGCUAGAGAGAAGGAUGAAAGAAGAGAGGGAUGAUGAGAAAAAGAGAGAACUGGAGCGAGAGCUGGAAAGAGAGUUAAAGCAAAGAACAGAAAUGGAAGAAAAGGUGAAGAGACUAAAAGAAAAAAGAGAGAGAGAGAGGAGAGAGAUGGUGGAGAGACACAGACAGGAGAUGGAGGAGAUCAGGGAGGCGUAUGAAGGAGAAGCCAGAAUGGAGGCAGAGAGGAACCUCAUGAAGAUCAUCCUGCCUGAACUCCAGAGAAACAUUCUGGCCUCAAAGUCAAAGAUGCAGGAAGAGCUCAGCAGACAGAUGGAGGAGAAGGACAGAGAGCUGGAGAGACUGAAAGACAGACUUUUAGAGCUCACAGAGACUCACAGUCUGCUGAAAGAAGCCUACCAGACUACAGUGAUGAUCAUAGCAGAUCCAGAUCCAGAGCAGCAUUCCUGAAUGUACUGUGUCAAAAUCAUUCAGAGACCUUCACUUAUUCAGUUCUUCUCAAAGCAGACAUUAAGUACACGUUAUUGAUGUUUCAGUGUCAGAAAAACAAACAAAACGUAGUGUGACAGAAAUAUUAGGCAGCGAAGCACAUUAUUUAAAACCAUAUAUCUAAGCAUUAAGUGUAUAUGUGCUUCUGAAAACAUCACAUAUCCUUAGAAUAAACAAACAUAAGUACAGUGAAAGUAAAAAGACGUUCUUGUGUUCAGGAAAGCAGCUGUUUGUGAUGUAGGUUGAAAAACAACAUUGGGUUCCAGAUUUCUCCUCAGCUCCU